AUGGGCAAGAGUCACCUAGGCUGGGCAGCAAGGAAUGGGUAUCGAUCUGCAUGGCUAAAAGGAAUGCCCACCUUGGAAUCAGUAACACUCAAGGAUGUGGCUGUGGACUUUUCCUGGGAGGAAUGGAGGCAGCUGGGCCCUUCUCGGAGGGAACUUUACCGGGAGGUGAUGCUGGAGAACUACAGGAACCUGGUCUGCUUGGGGCUUGCUGUGUCCAAACCAGACAUGAUCUCCCAGUUGGAGCAAGGGGAAGCACCUUGGAUACCAGAGGGAGAAGGCCCAAGGUGCAGGUGUGCAGACUGGAAGUUUAGGCCUGAAAUGCAAAAGCUGAGAGCUUCUAUGGACCUGUCAUCCCAGGACAGACUCUCAAGAGAAGGCACCUGUGGCUCCAAGUUGGGAGAAUCCUGUAAAUGUGAUGCUGGGUUAGAGAGUCAGAAGAGCAAUGAGAAGAAGUUUUCUCAGCAAGUAAAAAUCACCCAGAAGAACUCUUUGAAUUCAGUUCAGGGCCAUGAAUGUAACGAACACAGCAGUAACUUCAGCCUAGGACCAGUUUCUUCUCCUCACCAGGGAGAACAAAUAGCAAAGAGUCUCCAUAAAUGUGACAGGCACAGAAAGAUCUUCACAUUAAAUUCAGAACUAAGUAAAUGCAAUGAAAGCUGCUCAAAGAAGACAUAUUUUAGGCAUGGUAAAUGUGAGAAUUAA